AUGCGUAGCCUUCUUGUUUUGAGCGCAGUGGGCGCGCUUCAAAUACUGGGCGCCUCAGCACAAGACGCCAAGGCAGACUGUAUUCAAAGGGGCAUUGCCAACGCAAUUACUCAAGUCACAACGUGGGGAUGCGCUUCGGCCGAAGACAAGACGUGUCUCUGUGGAAGUGCUCUCACACAGUUCAAAGAAUCUGUAGGCCGAUUUGCCUACACUGAUUGUCAAGCCCAGGCUGAUGAAAUUACUGGAUUUUUCAAUGAUUCAUACUGCAAAGGUGUUGUUGUCCCAUCGUCAAGUACAGCCGUACCGAGCUCAACCACUGUCGAAUCAACCUCGGCCGCCUCCUCCACGACCGUAGCGGAAACAACGUCGGCGGUCUCUUCGUCUGCUACUACACAAUCAUCCUCAUCCUCCGAAGUAUCCACCACAGCAACAUCGACCGCCUCUUCCUCCUCAGUGACCAGUGGAGCUUCUACGACCCUUGCGACAUCUGCGUCCUCAACUUCGGCGACUGCUGCUGCUACCUCGACUUCAGCAGGCAAGGAUAGCAGUAAGGAGGAUGAUGACACGGAGGCGGCUGGGGCAGCCGGAGGACUCUCAAAGGGCGCAGCGGUUGGGAUUGGUGUUGGUGUUGGUGUUGCCGUUAUUGCAAUCGUCGUUGUUGUUAUUGCUCUCCUCCUUCGACGCAAGCGACAAAACCAAGCUCCUGCUAAACGCCCCAUGGACAUCUCAAGACCGAUCCAGAAAGAUAGCAGGCCUUAUGCAUCGCAGGACCAGGGUUCUUAUGUGGAGAAGCGAGGGGGGGAAUCAUUCGAAAUGCAGGCGAACCGAUACGAGGACAUGUUGCCGCGGCAAACACCUCGUACUAUGGUGUAG